AUGACACAAGAAAGAGCCGAAGACUCAAAAGAGGACUUCGAUGCCAAGCACCUCGAGUCUCUCGCCUACACACGAUUUUCGGAAGAAGAGGCUGCGAUUCUUCGCGAAUAUGACGGCUCUAAAGGGAAGAAAGUGAUUCGAAAGAUUGACGCUCAUCUGCUCCCUGUCUUGGCAUUUCUUUACCUGUGCUCCCAUGUCGAUCGAAACAAUUUAGGCAAUGCGAAGAUUGAGGGGAUGAAUACGGACUUGGGGUUGGUAGGACAUCAAUACAAUAUUGCGAGUACUCUUUUCUUUGUCCCAUACAUUAUAUUUGAAAUUCCGUCCAACGUGAUGCUGAAGAAAACCGACCCAAGUUAUUGGCUAACCUCACAGGUCGUUACCUGGGGUAUUGUCAUGACCUGCAUGGGCGCAGUUCAAGGAUUUGCAAGUUUAACAGUGUGUCGGGUUCUGUUGGGAGUUUUCGAGGCAGGAUUCUUCCCCGGUGCCGUCUAUCUGGUCACACAAUGGUACCCUCCCAAUGUAAUUCAACAACGUCUAGCCCUUCUCUACACUGCUUCUGCCAUCUCUGGGGCCUUUAGCGGUCUCCUCGCAUACGCAAUUUCCAACAUGGACGGUCUUAGUGGCGUGGCUGGGUGGAGAUGGAUCUUCAUACUGGAAGGAGUCGUCCCGACAAUCUUUGGUUUGCUUCUGCCAUUGAUUCUCCCAUGCUCCCCGGAAAAGGUAGGAUGGCUCAGCGCUGAGGAGAAGCUGUUCAUAGAUCUACGAUUCCGACAGGCUGGUCAUCGCUCCACCACAGGAGAAGGAGACAAGUUUUAUUGGUCUCUUCUUCUCAAAACGAUGAGUGAUUGGAAAAUUCUUUUGGCCGUACUGAUGGCCAUGGUAAAUGCGGCUCCAAAUGCGGCAUUUUCUUAUACCAUGCCCACAAUCAUCAACAAACUAGGCUUCCAAGCAUCACAGGCUCAGCUACUAACCAUCCCGCCUUACUUUUGCGGUGCUGUCUCAAGUUGGCUCUCUGGCCGCCUCGCCGAUCGCUUUGCUUGGCGAUUUCCAUUCAUUGUCAUGCCAAUGGGCUUGCUGCUAGUGGCCUUCAUAAUUCUUUUAAUAUUGUCGGCCAAUAUUGAAGAGUACAAAGGUCCUAUGUACUUUGCCGUUGUUCUUGCACAAAUCGGCAUAUACCCCUUACUUCCUGGAAUAUCAAGUUGGACGACCAACAAUCUGCCCCAAUCAUGGAAACGUUCAAUCGGAAUUGCGUGGCUUCUAGCCGCAGCAAAUACUGCCAGCUUUAUUGGAACGAACGUAUUCCUGGAAGAUCAAGCGCCACACUACACGAUUGGGUACGGGGUUUGUCUUGGUAUUAUUUGCAUUGGUAUAGCUGCCGCCUCCACCCUUGAAUAUAGUCUUUGGCGAUUGAACAAGUCCAAGAGCAGAAUGGAUGAAAAUGAGGCUAGGGAGCAGUAUAGCCCGGAGCAGCUGGUGGCUAUGGGAGAAAACAGUCCUCUAUACAGAUACACACUGUAG